AUGAUCACAGGAUCAUUACUGAAGGGAAGAACAUACAGGAGUAGGGAAAGCAAAGGCCCGAGUGGGCUGCAUCCGCAGCAUGCGAGUGGGAUACAUGGCGAGAUCUGUGGUUCAACCCUGGAGGAGCAAAAGAAGAGUGGGAUAGAGGACGAGGUUGGAACACCAGCUUUCCGAGAACGUGACUGGCUCGGGUGUAAAAGCGAGACGCUCAGUGGCUCUCGCUUGACCGCCCGCGGUCAUAUCCGGCACUUCACAGCUUCAAUCACCCAACGUCGUUCCUCCCGGCUCACUUUCUCCCCUCCUCUCUUUCCACUCCACUCCAAUUCUUCCUCUGUGUUGUUUCUGUUGAAGCUACACAUCGCAAAUAUGGGUGCUAUUCCGGAAGCCGACCCCGAUGAGGUCCUCGAGACCAAGCCCUUCAAGUUCGUGACUGGCUACGAUGCCCGUUUCCCCCAGCAGAACCAGACCAAGCACUGCUGGCAGAACUAUGUCGACUACUACAAGUGUACUACUGCUAAGGGCGAGGACUUCCGCCCCUGCAAGCAGUUCUACCACGCCUUCCGCUCUCUUUGCCCCAAGGCCUGGACCGAUCGUUGGGACGGUCAGCGCGAGGCUGGCAACUUCCCUGUCCACCUUGACAAGUAG